AUGGGAGGUCAAUGCUCUAACCUCGGUCAUUGUUGUCGGAAAUCAUCACACAAGACAGCUGUUCUUGAAGCUCCUGAUGUUGAAAAUGGAGAGAAUUGUGAGAUCACUGAUGUGCCUGGUUUCCGUGAGUACACACUAGAACAGCUGAAGUCAGCUACUUCUGGUUUUGCUGUGGAGUAUAUUGUAUCUGAGCAUGGAGAAAAAGCUCCAAAUGUUGUCUAUAAAGGGAAAUUGGAGAAUCAAAAGAAGAUUGCUGUCAAGCGUUUCACAAGAAUGGCGUGGCCUGAUGCUCGACAAUUCCUGGAGGAAGCGAGGUCGGUUGGUCAGCUACGCAGUGAGAGAAUGGCCAAUUUACUCGGAUGUUGCUGCGAAGGUGACGAGAGGUUGCUUGUGGCAGAAUUUAUGCCCAAUGAAACACUUGCCAAACACCUUUUUCAUUGGGAAACACAACCUAUGAAAUGGACGAUGAGGCUACGGGUUGUUUUAUAUUUAGCACAAGCUCUUGAAUACUGCACGAACAAAGGCCGUACUCUUUACCACGACCUCAACGCUUACCGGGUUUUAUUUGAUGAGGAAUGCAAUCCAAGACUUUCUACUUUUGGCUUGAUGAAGAAUAGUCGGGACGGAAAAAGUUACAGCACUAAUCUUGCUUUCACCCCUCCUGAAUAUCUACGAACUGGGAGAAUUACUCCAGAGAGUGUGAUAUACAGCUUUGGCACUCUUCUGCUUGAUCUUCUCAGUGGGAAACAUAUACCUCCUAGCCAUGCCCUUGAUCUGAUUAGAGACAGAAAUCUCCAGACGCUAACUGAUUCUUGCCUAGACGGGCAAUUUUCUGACAGCGAUGGCACAGAGCUAGUACGACUGGCGUCUCGUUGUCUGCAGUAUGAAGCUCGUGAGAGGCCAAACCCAAAAUCUUUGGUCACUGCCCUGACGCCUCUUCAGAAGGAGACAGAGGUCCCGUCCCAUGUUCUAAUGGGUCUGCCUCACAGUGGUUCGGUGUCUCCUAUGUCCCCUCUUGGUGAGGCUUGUUCAAGAAGGGACCUGACCGCUAUGCUUGAGAUCUUGGAUAAACUUGGAUACAGAGACGAUGAGGGCGUCACCAAUGAGCUCUCGUUUCAUAUGUGGACAGACCAAAUGCAAGAGUCAUUGAACUCAAAGAAGAAGGGUGAUGUCGCUUUCAGACAGAAAGACUUUAGAGAGGCCAUUGAGUGUUACACGCAGUUUAUUGAUGGAGGAAUGAUCUCUCCAACAGUGUGUGCACGGCGUAGUUUGUGUUACCUAAUGAGUGACAUGCCGAAAGAAGCUUUAGAUGAUGCAAUCCAAGCCCAAGUCAUCUCUCCCGUGUGGCACGUCGCGUCUUACCUCCAGUCUGCUUCCCUUGGCUUCCUAGGGAUGGAGAAGGAAUCUCAAAUCGCACUGAAAGAGGGGUCAAACCUUGAAGCUAAGAGGAAUUGA